AUGGUUGCACUCAAGCAGUUGAGUGUGACCGCAGUCCUGUGGCUGGGCCUCGCCAGCCGUGGACUUGCACAGUCCCUUGAUAAACCUGACGAUCUCGCUGUUCGCGGUGAGAACGUUGAAGAAAUUGUCGCUCGAGAUGUCGAUCUUGGUCUUGAAGAAAGAGACGAGGAUGAUGAGCUUGAGACUCGCGACAUUGAGGACGAGCUCGUCGAAAUUCGUGACUUCGAGGAUGACCUUCUUGAGGCUCGAGAUAUCGAGGAGGAGCUCCUAGAGGCUCGGGAUCUCUAUGUGCGCCAGAGGCAGCCUCGCCCUCGCCCUGCUCCUCUCCCCGCUCCUCGCCCCCGUCCUGGGCCAUUCCUCCUACCCCCCCUCCUUCUCCCGCCAACCGUCGAGGUCGAGGACGACGUGAUGUUGACUAUCUUGAGGCUCGGGAUCUUUAUGCUCGCCAGCGCCAGCCUCGUCCUCGUCCUGCUCCUCUUCCUGCUCCUCGCCCUCGCCCUGGACCGGUUCCUCCCACUCCUCCCCCCUCACCUGCAAGGCGCCGCCACUGAGGGGUCCGAGACAAGAAUGACUGCUCGGACAGGCUGCGGUUGUGAAUUCACCGAAGCAAACCAGAAGCCGCAGCCUCUUGGGAGCGUCACCGGCCUGACCUGCAGCGCGGGAAAGAAAUCAAUGGGGAUGGAUUUUGUACGAUUAAGUUGA